AUUCCACAUUUCUUCCUAAGAAAUGUUCUAAAGAGGGAACAGAUGGGCCUUGAUGAGAACAAAGGGGGAAAACCAUGGCGCUCCUGCAGCAUUAUUAGCAUCAUCAUUAUUCUGGCGGGAGCGAUUGCGCUCAUCAUCGGCUUCGGGAUUUCAGGCACACGUUCUGUCACAGUCACAACUCUCGCCUCAGCUGGGAACAUCGGGGAGGACGGGAUCCUGAGCUGCACCUUUGAACCUGACAUCAAGCUUUCUGAUAUCGUGAUACGGUGGCUGAAGGAAGGCAUUAUGGGCUUGGUCCAUGAGUUCAAAGAAGGCAAAGAUGACCUGUCAGACCAGAAUGAGAUGUUCCGAGGCCGGACAGCUGUGUUUGCUGAUCAAGUGAGAGUUGGCAAUGCCUCCCUGAGGUUGAAAAACGUGCAACUCACAGAUGCUGGCACCUACAAAUGUUACAUCGUCACUUCCAAAGGCAAGGGGAAUGCGAACCUUGAGUACAAAACUGGAGCCUUCAGCAUCCCAGAGAUAGAUGUAGACUACAAUGCCAGCUCGGAGAGCUUUCGAUGCGAGGCGCCCCGGUGGUUCCCCCAGCCUACAGUGGUCUGGACAUCCCAAGUUGACCAGAGAGCCAACUUCUCAGAAGCCGCCAACACCAGCUUUGAGCUGAACUCUGAGAACGUGACCAUGAAGGUUGUAUCUGUGCUCUACAAUGUCACAAUCAACAACACAUACUCCUGCAUGAUUAAGAACAGCAUUGCCAAGGCCACGGGGGACAUCAAAGUGACAGACUCUGAGAUUAAAAGGCGGAGUCACCUAGAGCUGCUGGACUCAGAGGCAUCCCGCUGUGUCUCUUCUUUCUUUGCCACCGGCUGGGUACUCCUGUCUCUCUCCUCUUACCUGAUGCUCAAAUAAUGGGCCUUGGCCACGCAAAAACAUGCACAGUCAUUGGUACGACAGGAUUCCGCAGAACUAUUUCACCGCAAGACCUGACCUAGUUUUAUACUCCUUGGGGGAAAUGAAUUCAUGUCUAGAAGUCUGGGGUGAACAUAUAAGA